GGUUGGGCGGUGGCGGUGGGAGCGCCCGCGCGGCCCCUCAGUGCCCGGCCCCGCGCAGGGAAGCGGCGGCUCUGCCCGGCUUCGGCCCGGCCUCCGGCGGCUGCGGCAGCAGCACGGGAAGACGCUUUGGCCGGUGCCUGAAAGCCCCCGGUGGAGGAAGUGGAGAGGAAGAAGCCGAACCCCGACAGGCGCAGGGGUAUAGGUGAAGAUGCAGGAGCCAGAACUUGUUGCAAAAGCUCUGCGAGCUGUUCUUCAUGCCUUUAAAAAUGGCAUACGUUUGUCAGAACUUCAGAGUGAAUACAGAUCCCUGACCAAUGAGUUGAUUCCCUUCAGGCACCUAGGAUAUGACACACUGGAAGGAUACUUGGAGAGUAUCCCAGGAGUGGUCAGAAUGGAAGAGAACAAAAUGGGAGAGGUCAUUUGCCAUGCUGUUAGUUGCAGUGAAACUGUGCGAGUUGCUCAACUGGUAGCCCGACAGAGGAGUUCCAAGAAGAAAACAGUCCGGCAGGUGAACUGUCAGAUGAGGCUGAAGAACACAUCUCCAGUCAGUUUAUCAGGAAAGCCCAAAGGAACUUUGCGACAGCCCCGGUCUUUGAGCGUGCCAGAAGAAGGCAGUAAGAGGCCUGUUCCUCGCCUGCCCCGAGGCAGAGAAGUAGCAUGUGGAGGUGUGAAACCUGUUGCGGAGAGUGCCCGGUCUGCCUUACCUUCAGCUGCUGGGAGCGGACCACCUAAAGAAAUCCCCAUGCAGAGGCACGUCACUGUGGUAAACAGGUCUGAGAAGAGACUGACUGUCCCACCACGGUUUCAAAAGGAGUUGCAAGUUCACCUGUCCAGAAGCUCUUCCACAGAGUCAGGUGAUCUGGCAGCAAAUACACCCCACCAAAGGGAGAAGAGGAGUAGAAAUGAGGGAGCAGAUAGCUUGAAUACAUCCACUGCAGAGACACAUACUGUUGCCCCUGGCUCUUCUGCUGCCGAUGUCAAUGAACUUCAAAGUCGCAUUAAGGAGCUUCUGAGCAAGUACAGCAGUGGUGUCAGGAUGUCGAAGAUGCCUCAGAUCUAUCGGGAAAUGUACCGGGAGGACCUUAGCACAGAAGUGCUCUAUCAGCUUGAGAACUGGCCUCAUGUGUGCACCGUGGAGAAAAUACACAGAGGUGAUCCGAUGGAUGGACUUCUUUAUCCUGCUAAGAAAAUACCACCAGUAGCAAAAAGUGAUACUGAGCAAGAAAAGGCAUCUCAGAAUGUUACUUCAUCAAAAGCAGACACUUCGUUAAAACCAAAUAUGGAGACCACACCUGCAUCACUUAGCAGCGACUUAAAGGAGAAAGUUAUUAGCAUCCUGCUGAAGUAUUCUAGUGGUCUUUGGGCUCAUGCACUUCCCAAAGUGUACCAAGACACUUACCAAGUAAAAUUUCCAGAAGAUAUUCUAAAUAAUCUAGAGUUGCUGUCAGAUGUGUGUGUUGUGGACUAUGUAUCCGAAGUCCCCAGAAAGGCAAUCCUCUAUGCUAAACCCCAAAGAUGCAUUGAUGAGAAUCUGAAUGUCACUGAGAAAGUCAAGAGGCAUGAUGGUGUGAAGGCCACAGCUGAACAGCAGUAUGAAGAAUCCAAGGACCAGUAUCUAGAAAACGUAACUGUUCCUUCUCUAAUCGUUCCAUCGGAAGGAUCUGUGUCCAUCAUGGUGUUAGACCUGAAAAACACUAAUGAGGUCCUAAUUAGGUAUGUGGGCAAAGAUUAUUCUUCUGCCCAGGAACAAAUGGAAGAUGAAAUGAAAGCGUACUACAGUCAGAACAGUACCUUGUCACCAGCUCAGUCUCUGAGUGUUGGGCAACUCGUUGCAGUACAUGCUGAAGAAGAUGCCUGGUUGCGUGCUCAGAUAAUUUCUCUAGAAGACAACAGAAUAAAGGUGUACUAUGUUGAUCACGGCUUCACUGAGUUCGUUGAAAGCAACAGUGUGUGCAGACUACAGAAACAGUUCAGAUUGCUUCCUUUUCAAGCUGCAAAAUGUAAACUAGCAGGACUGGAAGCCUUCUGUGAUGAUCCUGUCCUAGUAAAGGCUGUGGAAUCACAGACAUGCUUCAAGAUAUUUGCUGUGGAAAUACUGGAAAAGAGUGAUAUUCCUCUUCUUGUUCUCUAUGACACUUCUGGAGAAGAUGAUAUCAACAUCAAUGCUACUUGUCUGAAGACAUUGUAUGACAAGUCCCUUGAACUGCACCUACAGGUAGAUGCACUGUAUACCAAUGUCAGAGUAACCAGUGUUUUCUCUGAUGGGAGCCUGUACUGCCAAGUGCCAUCCAAAGGCUUGUCUAGACUUUCUGAAAUACUGCAGAAACUAGAAGACUACUUUCUUUACAAGCAAACAUCUGAGUUCAAUGUAUUGGUACCUUUCUGUGGCAAAAUCUGCUUGUUUCCUUCCAAAGGAAAAUGGGCACGUGUAGAGAUAAAAAUAAUUCACACUAGACGGGCACUUGAUGUGAAGUUUAUGGAUAUUGGAACAGUUGCAACUGUAAAAGUAUCAGAGCUCAAAGAAAUCCCACCACAGUUCCUGAGAGAAGUAAUUGCAAUACCUCCUCAGGCUUUAAAAUGCUGUCUGGCAGAUCUGCCUCCUAACACUGGCAUGUGGACUCCAGAUGCUGUACUGUGGCUGAGAGAUGCUGUAACAAAUUGUCCUGAAUUUAGCAUGAAGGUGAUUAAACAGGAUGCUUCAAAGGGAAUUGCUCACAUUUACUUGUUUGCUCCAGAGAAUUUCCCAGACAUGGAUCGUAGCAUCAACAAACAGAUCAAAAAUGCAGACUUGUGGAAACAUCAGAAAGAUGUUUUCUUGAGUGUGACACCCAGUGGGACUAGCUCCACAAAAGCUAUAAGUGAUGCUGUUUCAGCUCUACAGUUGUCUAGUGGGAAGCUGGAGAAGAGUUUCCCUGAUUCAGCCAGAGAGCCGGGCAGUGCAGUGUCCACCACUGAUAUGCCGCCUCCUCUACCCUUGCCAAAGCCCGGUGACCUCAUGGAUAUCUAUGUCUCGGUGGCCUGCCACCCUGGUCAUUUCAUCGUCCAGCCUUGGAAUGAGCUAAACAAUCUGUACACCCUAAUGGAAGAAAUGAUCUUGUACUACAGCAGGGCAGAAGAGAAGCCUGUGAACAUUGAAAAAAACAAGCUGUAUGCAGCUAAAAUUGGAGAUGAGUGGUACAGGGUCAUAAUAAAAGGAAUUCUUAGAAAUGGGUUUUUGUCAGUGUAUGAGCUGGACUAUGGCAAACAUGAGUUUGUGAGCAUACGGAAAGUACAGCCACUCUUGAAUACAUUUAGAAGACUGCCUUUCCAAGCUAUCACAGCUCAGCUUGCAGGAGUGAAAAGCCAGCAGUGGUCAGAAGAGGCAUCAAUAGUGUUUCGGAAUCUUGUAGAGAAGAAACCUUUUGUGGCACAGAUACAGGCAGUUAAUGACAGCACUAACUCUUGGGAUCGAAAAAUAGUGACUUUUCUCGUGGACACAUCUCUUCCACAUAUUGAUACAUGGAUUCAUGAUUUUGUGUCUCAAAGUCUUGUGGAAUUUUCAAAGGGUGAUUAAUCAUCACUUCUGAAAUGUAGCAGCUUAGCAAUAAAAUAAGUAACAGGCUUUGAAGAUAAAUAUAACUACUACAUGGCCUUGAAGAUAUAAUGGGGAUAAAAUUGAAAAAUUUGUGUUUGUUUAACAAGUUUGAGUACUGUUGACUUCAGCUGACUUUCUGAAAAUUUUCACGUUGUUUACGAUUGUAAUGCUAGAAUAUUUGAGUUAAAUUAUUUUAAAAGUUAUUUAUCAAUAAAACUGUUCAAUUUC